AUGGCUUCAACAGUGCACUAUUUUGCAGCGUAUGAUUCGGAAAGAACAGUUUUGAAGGAUGUAACAACACCGAUUCAUAAUGGAGUAAAUACCAAUACGGCACACCAUACCACAACCACCAAUCGAGUAAUCACUAGACGAAAUGCCGUAUUAAAUAGUCAGCUGUCCACGACCUCAGAAAACAAAGAUAAACGUCCUCGCUCCGCAUUCACCACAAAGCAAACUUACGAGAUGGAAAUUGAGUUUCGAAAAAACCCCUACCUUUAUCGUUUACGCCGCAUGGAAAUCGCCAAACGUUUGUGCUUACGUGAAAGACAAGUGAAAACAUGGUUUCAAAAUCGUCGCAUGAAGCAAAAGAAAGUUUCUAAAGACCUAAAUUAUAAUGACCAAAUGAGCGCAAAGGAUUCUAAAAGUUUGACUGAACAACUCGAGCAUAAAAAUAUAGUACAACGUCUUUUGUCGUACUCCAUUCAUCCUUCUGUGAGACGUCAGCUGGAUAUGGCUUGUGAAGGCUCGGAAGUAAAUGUGAGAUCGAACAUAGCAACAAAACUCGCACCACAAACUGUAGAAGUAUUUACAAACAACACCAAUGAUUUACCAACAUCUUGCCCAUCGACUGAUCUGGGCGAAAUCUUGCAGCACCUGUGCCAAAAUACAAACACGCCAGGCCCUACUUCCAUUGGAAAAGUCACUGAAUUGGUAUCGUUGAACUAUUCGGAAAAUUGUAGAGUGGACAAUCCAGAAAUAGAGAGAAGAGAAAAACCUUCAGAACAACUGAAUAUCGAAAAUAUAUCCAAUGGCUUGUCUUCAACAUCUCAGUCAGUCUCUUGGUGUGAACCUUUAUAUUGGUUGGCAGAGAAUGAUUUGUAA